UUGGGCUGGGUUUGACAAGGCCCUGACAGAUAUUCGCUCACGACUAUUGGGCCUAGACAUUAUUGAUCAAGUUUUAAAGCCCAAUUGCAUUCCCAAAUUCAUUUCAAUUUAUCAGACGGUUGUUUCGGGGUGAAGAAGAUCGGAGAAUCACCAUGCGAAAGCAAGUUCUAUCCUUAACGGAAGCCGCGGCUGCUAGAAUACGCCAACUCCUUGAGCAGCGCCAGCGCUCUUUCCUCAAGCUCGGCGUCAAGUCUCGAGGCUGCAAUGGCUUAUCGUACACCCUCAACUAUGCCGAUGAGAAAGGCAAGUUUGAUGAGUUGGUCGAUGAUAAAGGAGUCAAGAUAUUGAUUGAUCCAAAGGCCCUUAUGCAUGUCAUAGGAACCAAGAUGGACUUUGUUGAUGACAAACUGAGAUCAGAGUUCAUAUUCAUCAAUCCAAAUUCUAAAGGGCAGUGUGGCUGUGGAGAAUCCUUUAUGACAAUGAGCAGCUCUGAUGCAGCCAAGCGUGGCAGCAGCUCGAUUACUUAGGUGUGCUCGUCUGGGUGAUGUAAACCAAUGUACACAUGCUUAUUUAAUCUAAAUAAAGCAAUAUGCAAAUGAGGAAUGAGUCCUUCUAUUUUUCCUUUGUGCUAAUUGUGAUGUAAAUCUAUAUAUAUAUAAUUGCUAGCUAACCCCAUUUAAUAAAACAUUUAAUAAAAACAUUUUCAUUUUCCCUCCAAAAGAAGUUACAUUUUUUUAAUUAAUUAUUCA